AUGUCCUCUUCAGCGGAAGGCCGUCUAGGCGACGGGCGGGGGAGAGGAGGAGGGCAAGUCCCGGAAACAGCCGUGCUUGUGCUGGGGAACUUCCAAGGCGCCGUUGUCCUGGACAUGGGGCUUGUUACGGUGGGCGAGGGCAAGGGUGCCACGCUGAGGAUCGAGGUGCCAGAGGGCGCCAGGAAGGCGGUGACCACGAUUGGUUUCGAUCCCAGGCAUCCCCUUAGCGGCGGGCUAGAGGUAGCCGACUUCGAUGGAGAGCUGUCGCUGGGGCGGGGAGAGUAUCGCGAGGUGCACGUCGCCUGGCGGCCCGAGCGGGUCGGCAAGUUCCGAGGCAACCUGGCCUUCAAGGUGGACGGUCGCUUUCCCGCCCAAGUGUCGGUGGUCGGGGAGACCGUAGACGUCGGGGGUGGGGGCAAGAGGAGAAAGGGCGACGCCCGCGAGGGCAGGAAGAGGGUCAGAGGAGGUCUGCCCGUUGGGGCCCGCGCCGGGAGGUCUUUGUCCCAGGAGGCUGCGUCAAGGGGGGCGGGACCCCAUACUUCGAUGUACGGCAAGGAGAACCGCCUGAGCCUCAGCUCCACCGCGCUGCCGCCGGCGGCGUCGGUGCUGGGGCCUUCGCCCGACUCUUUCGCCGCCGCUCUGUGCCCUCGCACGGCCAACAACAAGCGGCAGCAGAUGCUCAAGUACUCCAAGUCGAGGAGGCUUUCUCUCAAGCCGGGCCACAAGCGUGAGAAGUCGGAUGGCGGCGGCAGCGCCGGAGAGGAAAGCAGCGGCGGGGGCUCGAAAGCGACGUUGCUGCGCAAGUCCCUGAGCGACAAGGGCUGGGCCGAGAAACAGACUGCAGGGUUUACGAACUGGCUCAACUUUACGCUCGUCGGAGCGGAGCAGCUCAGGCACGGGGCCGGCGAUGACGGGGAAGAGGAAGACGGGGGUCUUACGGCGGAGAUUGGGGGGGUUUCGUCAAGCCCGCUUAAGGCCAUGGUUGCCAUGCGGCACGAAGCGAGGCAGCGCAUGAGGGCCAUGCGCCUGUUCCGCUCCGUGGAGGUCCGCACUGCAACGGAAGCCGUCGCGGACAGGGCCUACGACGGCACGAUCUCGCUCCGGAGGGACCGCGUCCUCCACGCGGACGUGGGGCUCAGCGGGGCCCUGAUCGACCUGGUGCUGUGCUACGAGCCGCGCUGGCUGCUGCUCGGCCUGGAGACGGUGUUCGGGGAGAUCGUGCCGAUGCCGGCUGGGGGGGUGCCGGCGGCGGCGAGGACGAAGGCCGGCGGGAGGGUGGACCGCGCCCUCAGGACGUUCGUUGCCGAGCGCUUGGUCAAGUGCCCGGAGAUGAAGGCAAGGUAUGGGUUCCGGGGUCGCGUGGCGAGCGGCGCGUCCGAGGUGGAGUACAACGACGAGCUAGGCCGGCACGCGCUGACGCACUUCCUGGAUCUGGUGCUCUUCCUCGACCGGGCUAAGGCCGAGAAUCUCCUGCAUCCGUGCCCUUGUCUCUUCCGCAAGACCGCCGAGGUGAAGUCUAGCGUGGGCAUGCUGAAGGUGUUCUGCCAGUUCCUGCACGGAGAGGGAGACUUCGUGCGGCACCUCAAGAAGAUGGGAUACGUCGUUGGGCACGUGCAGUCGUACAUAGACGAGUUCGAUUUCCGCGUUAGCAACCUGGCCGUCGACCUGCGGGACGGAGUGCGGCUGACCCGCCUCAUGGAGGUGGUGACGGGAGAGUGGGGUCUGGCCAUCGGUCUUCGCGUCCCCGCCGUGUCGAGGCUUCAGAAAAUUUUCAACACCAAGAGGGCGUUGGAACGGUUGGAGGCCGACGCCGGCCCGAUCACGUUGGGUAGCAACAGCAGCGGCAGCGGCGGCGGUGGCGGCGGCGCGGUGACCCCGAAGGAAAUCGUGGACGGCGACCGGCACGCCACCCUGCGCCUCCUCUGGUUCAUCAUCACCCGCUACUCGCUCUCCGCCCUCCUCGACCGCGACGCCCUGGCCCGGGAGGCGGAGGGCGUGGUCUCCGCCGCUAGGAAGUGGCGCCGCGCGGGCUUCUCUCCGGCUCGACCCGAGCGCGCCAUGAGGAAGAUGGGUGCCAUCGGUGCCGCCGCCGCUGCCGCCGCCGCCGCCGGGGCUGCUGCUGCUGCUGGGGUUGGAGAGGCUACCGUCGUAGAUUUCGGGGUGAUGUCCCCUGGAUCUCCGGCGUCUCCCGUGGCGCCUCCGGCCGGGGGGCGCGCGGUUGCCGGGGAGGAGCACCCCCCCCUUGAGCUGCCGGAUGUGGCCGCCAUGGUCGAGGGCUGGGAGGAGAAGGCGGGCGGCGGCAACGGGGAUGGGGGACGUCGUGACGGCGGUGGCGGCGGCGACGAGGAGCUGCUGUCGGCGCUGUUGGUGUGGUGCCAAGCCGUGUGUCACGGGUAUGGGGUGCCGGUGCGGAACUUCACGACCUCGUUCGCGGACGGCCGGGCCCUGUGCCUGCUGCUGCACUACUACCACCCGAGGAUUAUCCCCCUCAACGCCAUUCGGCGGACGACGGCCCACCUCCCGAGGAUUGGCGGCGGUCGCGGGGAGCUGGAGGACUGGUCAGCCUCUCUCGACGCUUCCAAGAUAACGGAGGCGGAAUGCAAAGCGGCGUUGGACGGCGAGCGGGCGAACGUCGCCCUGGCUAGGCACUGCGUAGCGGAGCUGGGCGGCGUGCCGUCCAUGCUGGCACCAUUCGACAGCACCAACCGGCCGGAAGAAAAGACGAUCAUCACGGUGGUGGCCCACCUCUGCGCCCGGCUCCUCGAAUCCAGCGCCGAGAUCCGUUCCACCAUCCUGGUGCAGCGAGUCUACCGCUCCUUCCUCGAGCGGACGGGGCGCGGGGACCUGGUCGAGCGCGCCCGCGCCGCCAAGGCCAGGGCGAGGUCGAAGGCUGCGGCGGAGAGGGCGGCCGCGGCUGCCGCUUUAGCGCGGGCAGGAGACGGCGCGGUGCCGUUCACGCCCCCGGCGACGCGGCGGGGACCGGCGGCGGCGGCGGCGGCGGCGGCGGCGGAGAGGGUGCUGCCAGAGCAAACCAUGUACGUGAGCGAGAAGCAGCGGGUCCACCUGGCCGCGGUGACCAUUCAGGGGUGGUGGGCGGCGGGCGCCGAGGGGAGGCUGAGGAGGCUGGGGCGGUCGGCGGCGGCGACGGCGGUCCAGGCGGCGUGGAGAGGGAAGGCGGCGCGGAGGGCGGCGAGCUCGCGGCGGGAGGAGCUGGCGGAGCAGGCCGAGCGCGAGUUGGAGAAGCGCAUCAUCGAGGCGGCGGGUUCCAUCCAAGCCGCGGUUCGUGGCCGGUUCGAGCGCAAAGCCUUCCUUCGCGCCAGAGACGCCUCAGCCGUCCUCCAGAUGUGGACCAGGGGACGCUUGCAGAGGACGCGGUACCUGGCCUUGAUCCGGCAGGUGUCCGCAGCGGUGCUCUUGCAGUCCUGGGCAAGGGGGUUGGCUGGAAGGCGGAGGGCGGACGCUGCUCGUGAAGUCCGUCAAAUGCAGCUCCAAGCCGCCGCAGAAAACAGCGCCGCGACCACGGUCCAAGCCUGGCGCCGGAUGCUUUCCGCGAGGCGCCAAUUGUCUGCCGCUAGGCAGGCCGCUGUCCGCAUCCAGGCCGUCGCGCGCGGCAGGGCAGAGGCGAGCCUCUACCGCAAGAAGAGGGCCGCGGUCAUCGCCGUCCAGGCGGCGCAGAGGGGCACCGCGGCGCGGGCGAGACUGACAAGAGAACGGGCGGCGAAACGAGCGGCGGCGAAGCACACCGCGGCGGUGCGCCUGCAGGCGCUCUGCCGGGGUGUUCUUGCGCGAGGCCGUCGUCACCGGCAAGAAACAGCGGCGACGCUACUCCAGGCCAGGGCAAGAGGCGCAGCGGCCAGGAAACAGGCGACCCGGCGGGGGAUCGCCGUUGCUGUCCUGCAGCGCUGGGGACGCGCCGCGUUGGAGCGGCGGAGGUACAGGCGGGCCGUGGCGGCGGCGUGCGUCGUGCAGGGCUGGGCAAGGGGUUCGGUCGCGAGGCGCGCCGUGUCCGAGCGCCGCGAUGCCGUCGUGCGCGUCCAGGCGUGGGCGAGGGGCGCGCUGGAGGCCGGUAGGUACCGGCGCCGCCUCCGGGCUGCGGUGGUGCUGCAGGCGUGGCGGCGAGGCGUGGUGGAGAGGGCGCGGAUGGACGCGAGGCGCCGGGCCGCGGUCCGCGUCCAGGCGAUCGCUCGAGGCCGGAGGGAAGCCUCCCUAUUCCGCGGCAAGCGCGCGGCCGCCGUGCGCGUGCAGGCUUGGUCUCGCGCGACCGUCGUCAGGGGAGAGCUGGCCGCGCGCCAGAGGGCCUCGGUUCGCCUGCAGGCUUGGGCCCGGGCUAGGAGACAGGAGAGGGGUUUCCAGGAGGCCAAGCGCGCCGCUGUCGUUGUGCAGGCCUGGUGGCGGGGGGCGUCGGCGGCUAGGAGCUUCCGCAAGCUCGUGAGGGCUGCUGUCGUCGCCCAAGCGCGCGCGCGAGCCGUCGUGGCGGCCGCUCGCUACCGCAGGACCGUCGACGCCGCGAAGAUGAUCCAGUCCCACUGGCGCGGUGCUUUGGCGGUAGCUCGCUACCGCAAGGAUGUCAGCGAUGUGGUGAGGAUCCAGGCGAAUUGGCGAGCUGCGCUGGAGAAGUCUCGCUACCGCAGGACCAAGGAGGCCGCUGUGGUCGUCCAAGCUUACGUGCGGGGAGCGGCGCAAGCGGCUUCUUACCGCAGGUCUCUCGCCGCUGUGGUCGUCAUUCAGUCUGGUUUACGGCGUGCGGCUGCUGUUGCUCGCUACCGCAAGGACGUUAGCGCUGUGGUGAGAAUCCAGGCAUGUUGGAGAGCUGCACUGGAGAGGUCUCGGUACCGCAGGACCAAGGAGGCCGCUGUGGUCGUCCAAGCAUACCUGAGGGGUGCAGCGGAAGCGGCUCGUUACCGCAGGACUGUCGCCGCUGUGGUCGUCAUUCAGUCUGGUUUACGUCGUGCGGCUGCUGUUGCUCGCUACCGCAAGGACGUUAGCGCUUUGGUGAGAAUCCAGGCAUGUUGGAGAGCUGCACUGGAGAAGUCUCGCUACCGCAGGACCAAGGAGGCCGCUGUGGUCGUCCAAGCUCAUGCGCGGGGAGCGGCGGAAGCGGCUCGUUACCGCAAGACUCUCGCGGCUAUCGUGGUUGUUCAGUCCGGUUUCAGGCGCGCGGCCGCUGUUGCUCGCUACCGCAAGGACGCCAAGGCUGUGGUGAGAAUCCAGGCGCUUUGGAGAGCUGCACUGGAGAGGUCUCACUACCGCAGGACCGUGGCGGCGGCUGUGGUCGUCCAGGCUCGCCGGCGGCGCGCGGUGGCGCAAACAUGUUACCGGAAGCUCGUGGGCGCCGCCGUAGUCAUCCAAUCCCGCCGGCGCGGCGCGGCCGCGGCGACCGCUUACCGCAGAGACCGCGACGCCGCCGUCACGGUCCAGAGCGCCAUGCGAGGCGCCUCAGCUCGCCGAGAGCUCGCCCGACAAGCCGGCCGGGCCACGCAGAUCGAGGCCUGGUGGCGCAUGGUGACGGCGCGGUCCCUCGCCCGCCGCCAGAAGCGCUCCGCCGUCAGGCUGCAGGCGGCGUGGCGCGGCGCGGUGGUCAGGGCGGCCUACCGGAGGGCGGUCGACGGAACCGCCAGGUUUCAGGCGCUCGUGCGCGGGGCUCAGAGCCGGGCGCGCCUUGCGCGGGAGCGGCAAGAGAUCGAGGCCGCGGUUCUCCUUGCCAGGGCCCAGGAGGCGGAGGCAGCUGCUGCAAGCGCUAUCCAGGCGCGCGCCAGGGGGCAGCGGGCGCGGCGAGACCAGGCCCGUCGCGCCGUCGCGGUGACCAGGAUACAGUCGGCGGCGAGGGCCGCGGCGGCGUGUGCCCGCGUCGCGAGGAGGAGGGAGCAGCGUCGCGCGAUGCUCGCGUCGGCGGUGAUCCAGAGGGUGUGGCGAGGAGCGGCGGCCAGGGCGAUGCUGUCGCGCAGGACUGUGGCGGCGGCCGCUGUGCAACGGUGGUGGAGGUCAGUCCUCGGGGAGGCACGCCGACAGCAAGCCCUCGAGCAAUCGUCUGCCACCCUUCUCCAGGCGUGCUCCCGGGGCCACCUCGCCCGGGCGGCCCUGCGCCGAGAGGCCUCUGCGGCGGUCGCCAUCCAGGCCUGCUGGCGGGGCGCCUCGGCCCGCUCGCGCGCCGCCGGCCGCUUCGCGGCCGCCGUUCGCUUGCAGGCGUUCGGGCGGGGCGCCCUCGCCACGACCCGGUUCCGUAGGACUCGCGCGGCGGCGGCGGCGGUACAGGCUCGCUGGCGGGGAGCGGCCGCCAGGUCCCGGCUCGCCGCAGAAACGGCGGCGGCGGCCGCGGCCGCGGCGGUUGCGGCGGAGAUACGGGCGGCGCGUGAGGAGAGCGCGGCGAGGACGCUGCAGGCGUUCGCUCGGGGGACACUGGAGCGGGCUCAGCUGAGGCGGGCGGAGGCGGCGGCCGUCGUGGUGCAGCAGGCGUGGCGGGGGAGGCUACUGCGGCGGCGGCGGCGGGAGCGGGAGGUCGCGACGGCGGCGGUUGCCGUGCAGGCUUGGUGGAGGAUGGCGUCAGCUAGGGCGGAGUACCGCCAGGCAAGGCGGGGGACUGUCGCUCUGCAGGCCGCAGUCCGAGGGAAGGCCGCGCGCGGCGCUCUCAAGGCGGAGCGCGACGCCUCUACCAGGAUUGCCGCCUGGUGGCGAGCGGCGGCGGAGGCCGCGCGCUACCGCCGCACCCGCCGGCGCGUGGUGAUGCUGCAGAGCCUCGUCCGCGGGAGGCGGGCCAGGGAGGAGGCGGCCGCUCGCUGGCUGGUGCUCGGUCGCCGGUUCUCGAGGGCCAAGGCGGCCACCAUGAUCCAGGCGGCCGCCCGCGGCAUGGCAGCGCGGAAGAAGACGGGUCCCGGGAUCGCCUCGGCCCGGGCGAGGAUCGAGAAGGCCAACGCCAACGCCCUCGCCGAUCCGUCCCAGAUCCUCGGUACCAGAGUGAAUGACGCCCUCACCGCGCUGGAGCACUGCACGCACCUGACGGCGAUCAUCCGAGCGUGCAUCGCUCUCGAGCUCACGUCCAGGUACUCGAAGGUGUGCUGCGAGGUGAUGGCCCGGUCCAGGUGUCCCCAGGUGCUGUACGACCUCAUUCGCGGCCUGAACCGCAGCCCCCCUCACCAGAAGAUCCUCAAGUAUGCCAUCACGACCUUCCGGAACAUCGCCCAGAGGGGGGAUGGCCUUCCCGCUUUGCUCGCAGCGCCCCCUGUGGCGGCUGAGACCUACGUCGACCUCUUGCAGAUGUACCGCGAGAGGCAGGAGGUGUUCCUACCGACGGUGCGGCUGCUGCAGCAGCUGCUGAACGCUCACAAGCCAACCAAGGACGAGUGCAACUCCGUGAAGCACCGGCCUCGCCUGGAGAGCAUACGGGACAUCCUCGCGCGCAAGGCGGCGGUCGAAGCCAAGAGUAUCGCGGCCAGGGGGGGGGGAGGGGGCGUGAGCAGCGGCUGUGGCGGCGGCGGCGGCCGUGCGUCGAAAUCCCUCAAGGCUGUCCAGGGUCUUCUGGACGAGUUGGCGCGAGACUGA